UCAAAAAUGGAUUUUAAAAAACCAGAUGAAAUCACUAGCCUAGUACUUGAUUAUCUCAAAAAGAAAAACUUUUUGGACAGUUACAGAUGUCUGAAAGCUGAACGUCGACGGAGCUCAUCUUGCGACAAUAAUAUUAAUCUAGAUAAUGGGCAAAGUCGUCGAAGACUACAUAGUUAUAGCUCUACUAGUAAUAAUAAUAAUAAUAAUAAUAAUAAUUUCAGAUAUGACGACUCUAGAAGUAGAAACCUCAUUAGAGAUGAUGAUGAUGAGGAGGGAGGUGGUGCUGCUGUCACUGAUGGUAAUCACAUUAAUAAUAACAAUGGUCGUCAGAGAAAUAGUUCAGCAGAUUUUGAUUUGGAGUCCAUUGUUGGGGAUUAUUUUGCAAGGAGAAAUUUGAAUACUACUUCUGUGACAACGACAACACUGAUGUCUCUGGUCACAUUUUCUCAUUCAAAAACAUCAUCCAAGUCUUUCAGUCUUGAGUAUAAUAUCUCCAACAAUGACGUCAUUAAUAAUAAUAAUAAUAAAACUUGCAACAAUGAAAAUGCUGACAACAACAACAAUGAUAAUAAUACAGACAAUGAUGUUGAUGACAGCUGCGUUAACAUUUACCUUGAUGGCGACCGCAAUGACAUUAAUAACUUAAUUAGUUUUGCAACUACUAUUGCGGCUACCACUUCUACUACCACUGCUCUUACUACCACUACUUCUUCUACUACUCACGCUAAUGUUCUUGCUUCUUCAACUACAUCUAACCCGAACCCUACUGCAACACAUACUAGGACCUCCGUUUGUAAUGCUACUAUUUCUUCUACCAACACUAACGUAAGAUUCAAUACUACCAGACCCACUGCCACAUUGACUAACAUUACUGAUGCUGAUUCUGAUGUAAGAUUUAUUACCACUAGGCCUACUGUUCCUCUCACUAAUACUACUUCUACUUCCAGUGGUCUAAAAUUUAGUACCACAGCUCCUGUUAUUAGUGCCACUAAUGCUAUUAGUAGUGCAAGUACUUCUGUAAUACUUAAUACUGAUAGUUCUGCUGUUAGAAAUUCUACUAAUGUUACAAAUUUAAGGCUUAUUACUGCUACGGCUACUACUACAGCUAGUAGUACUGCUGCUAAUAUUGCUGCUACUAAUGUAAGAUAUGCUAGUGCUUCAGCUACUACUAUUACUAAGAAUACUGUGGAGGUCAAAAAGCCAUGUUUCAAUGUUGGAAAGUUGAAAAUUAACAAUAACUCGACGAGGGCCAAAUAUUCUAAGAGGACAUCAUCAUCAUUGUCGCAGUCGUCUUCAUCACCAUCAUCGUCUUCAUCACCAUCAUCGUCAUCAUCAUCAUCGUCUUUGUCGUCAUCAUUGGCCAGAUCAUCUCUUGUUUCAUCAUCAUCGUCGUCGUCAUGCAGCAACAGAAACUGUUUUUUCUACUUCUACGACAUCAACUUCAUCAACAAUGGCACCAUCUAUAUCAGCAGUGGCAGCAACAACUUCAUCAACUUCAGUAGCGACAACAUCAACUUCAGCAGCGACAACGUCAACUUCAGUAGCGACAACAUCAGCUUCAGCAGCGACAACAUCAUCUCAGCUAGUACCACUAACGCGAACAAUUCUAGCAGCUUUCUUGACACCAUCAAAACUGCCGCUGAGUCAGACACCAUGUCUUUGUUGAUGGAUCAACUUCAACAAAUUGCCGAGAUUGGCCAGCAAAUUUUGCAACAAGAGCAACAACCUCAGUCCCAGCAACAACUUCAUCAACCUCAACAACUUCAACAGCCUCAAGAAUUUCAUCCAGAACAACAAAAUCAACAACAACUUGAUCAACUUUCAUAUCAGCAUUUUCAACAGCAUGAAUUUCAACAACAAUAUUUUUAUCAAUCACAUCAACACUAUCCUUAUCCAGCAUACAUUAACAGUAAUGACAUUAACAGUUUUUGCACUGACAACUUUCCAAUAAACGACGACGGCGGCAUCAACAGCAUCACAACAACGUCUGCCAUUACAACAUGUAUUUCGGAUUCUUCCUCUCGCACCAGUUUCACAGAUUUGCUCUCUUCUGCUGGUACUACAACUUCUUUUACCACAACUCCUUACGACAACAUCAGUGCGAAUAUAUAUGACAUUAACAGUUUUAAUGCCAGUAUGAUUUAUAAUAAUUAUUGCAGCAAUAACGGUGACAUCAAUACAGAUAGCAGUAACUUUUAUUGUACUGCUAACAAUACUUCUACCUAUAUAACUCUUACUUCCAAUACUACCAGGUACACAAAUACUCAUCCCAUAGUUACUGACACUGACCUCUUACCCAGUAGUGCUCCGCAGAGUACAAACAAUGCCAGUAAUAAUGUCACUCCAAGUAACAACGUCAGUAGUAACAAAUUCAAAUUAACAAUUAGAAACAGUGGCUGUAGUGGUGUAAAUGGUGAUGAUACUAACUCUUCUGCAUCUAGUAAAAGUGGAAAAUCCCGAAAAAUUACUCUAAGAAUGAGCCAAUUUAGGGAAAUACUUGAAAAGGGUUUGCUAUUUAUACUCCCUGCAGCUGAAAGUACUAGCCAAUCUUCAGCCGUUGAAGCUUCUACGAAUGCCACUGCCGCUCCUACUGCUACAACUUCUACUGCUACUACUUCUACUACUAUUAAUAAUACUACCGAUGCUACUACUACUGAUGCUACAAUAAGUACCAGUGAUCUUUAUUUCAAUACUAUUGCUGUUACUUCUAGUGACCUUAUCACUCUAACUCCAGCUAUUGCUGUUUCAACAAUUUUUACUACUGCCACGGCUACUACUACUUCUACUGCUACUUCUACUGCUGCUACUAAUACUACUACAACUACUAGUACUGCUAAUACUACAGCUGAUAUUAAUAUAAAUAAUAACAAUUUUCCUAUAAAUUCUAAUAGCGCAGCUGCAACUGCUACUACAUGCGCGAAUGUUUCUGCUGUUACUACAGCUCCUACACUUACUACUGCCGCUUUUGCUUCUACGGCUGCUACUGCUACUAUGACUAGUAAAAUUAUGAAUGAUGUUGAAGAGAAUCACCUGUCUGUAGAAAAUGACGACACGGAAGAAAAUGAGGAUGACGACGAUGAUGAUGAAAAUGAAAUUAUGGAAACUAAUAAUAAUACUUCUACUGUCAUUAAUGAUGAUGACGAUGCUACUAUUACUACUACUGAUACUACUACUACUGAUACUACUACUACUACUACUACUACUACUACUACUGCUACUACUACUACUACUGAUAAUAAUAAUAAUUUCUCCCAUCCCUUGUUCAGCGUCAGAAAAAGGUUGAAUUUGGAUCUGAAUGACAACAACGACAAUAAUAGCAACAAUAAUAAUGACAAUAAUAAUAGCAAUAAUAAUAAUAGCAAUAGUAAAAGUAUUAGUAAUAGUGAUAGUAGUAAUGGUAAUAUGACCAACGAUGAAUCAGUUGACACUCAAAAGGAUGACGUCAUCGAUCUAUCUUUAAGUAAAUUGAAAAAACCAAAUAAUACUAAUAAAGAUGAUGAUAUUGAUAAUGAUAAUAAUGAUAAUGAUGACGAUAUUAUCUUAGAUCUCUCUUUAGCUAAAAAGAAAAUACCAAACAAUAAUGACAAUAAAAAUGGUAAUUGUAUAAGUAGCAAUAAUAAUAAUAACAAUAAUAGUGAUAAAACUAAUUACCGCAUCGUUGGUAAUAAUAGUAAUAAUAAUAAUAAUGAUGAUGGUGAUGAUGAUGAUAGUGGCGUUCUUGACCUUUCGGUUAAAUCUAAAAAUGCAAAAUUUAAUAACACUGAUGAUGAUGUAAGUAAUACUAAUGAGGAUAACUGCGUUAGUAAUAGUACUGCUGCUGCUGCCACUACUACUGCUACUAGUAGUAGUGGUAGUAGUAACAACAAUAAUAAUAACAAUAAACAGAAUAAAAAAAAUAAAAAUAAAAAUGAUACAGAGAGAAAGAACAAAGUCAAGAACGUUGAUAAUAAAACCAUUGGCGACAAAAUUAUCAAUACUGCAGCUGCAACUACUACUACUGCUAAUGAUAACAUUAAAAAACGUAAAAAGAAUAUUACUACUACUGCUGCUGAUACUUCUGCUACUUCUACUGCUGCUGCUACUUCUACUGCUGCUACUUCUACUACUACUACUACUGCUGCUACUACUGCUACUAUUACUUUUAAUGAUAAUAAUACUAAUAAACGUAAAAAGAAAACUGCAACUGCCGCCACUCGCGGUAAUGAUGGUGGUGAUAUGAAAAGUAAGAGGACUUAUAACAAAAGAAAAGAUAAAAGUGCUGAAGGUUCUGGCGACAAAAUUAUCAAUACCGUUGAUAAUAGUAACAACAACAAUAAUAUUAAUAAUAAUAAAGAAAAUAUGUCUCAUAUGGCAUGUGGUUCAUCAUCGUCAGCAUUGCCAUCAUCUUUUUCAUCUACUAAUGUAGCAUCAGCAUCAUCACAACUAUUAUCAUCAUCUACCGCUGCUACUAUUACAGCUACUACUACUUCUACAGCUACUACUACUACUACUACUACAGCUACUACUACCACUACUAAAGCGUCGUCGUCAUCAUCGAAAUUGCCAUCAUCAUUUUUGCCACAAGCACCGUCACCAGCAUUGCUACAGACAUUAUUUAAGGCAACCUUAUCAUCAAUACAAUCGUCAUCAUCACAGGCAUGUUCAUCGUCGUCAUCAUCACAAUUGGCAAAAUCAAGAUCAUCAUCAUCGCCCGUUACCCCACUGACAACAAGAAAGAGGAAAUACGUCACACAAUGCUUGUCUACGUCAUCUUCGACACCGUCAUUAUCAGCAGCGAUACCAUCGUCAUCAUCAUCAUCUAAUCAUCUGCAAAGUGCUUCACUGCAUACGCCUGCAGUUUCAGCUGGAGUAGUCAGUGACGGUUCGGAAGGUGCUCCUACUGCAAACAAAAGAAAGAAAAUUGACUUCAACCAAAUGGACAUUAAUAAUAUUCUAAAGAUAUUGCACGACCAAAGCCAAAUCAAAAAACCAUAAAAUUAUUUUUUCCCAUUUGAUUCGUUAUCUGAACAUAAACAUGUAUAUAUGUAUGAAGGGUGUAUGUAUGUAUCUAUACAUGUGUGUGUGUGUGUAUAUAUAUAUAUAUAUAUACCUGGAAAGCCAUAGUUGACGUUAUUCAGUUCUUUUAGCUACAUUUACGUUCUUGGAAUGUUUUUUUGCUUUUAAAUUCGUUUUUAUCCGUGUUGCUUUUUUGACUUUGCUAUGUAAAACUUACUUUAAUUGACAGUUUAUGAUAUGGUAUACCUUUGCGUUUGUACAAUUUCAUUUAAGCAUGUACAUUCAUGAAAUCUUUGAUGUAAUUAAUAAGUUAUUAAAGGUAUUUAAUGGCACCAGGUCAAUUUUUACUGUGAUUGGACACAAGUCCAUGUUAUCCAUUCUGUACCAUUGGUUGUGUUAAUUUUGUUGGUCAAUAUGAAUUUUUGAAAUAGU